CCCCACCACGCCCAAACUUCAACGUUCCACGGCUGCCCACUCGCCCGCAGCUCGAGAAAGAAGUGUUGUUGGGAGUUACGAGUCAGCUUGCAGAGUAGGCCAUGAAUCUCUUCCGUCUUUUGGGAGACCUGUCCCAUUUGGCUUCCAUCUUCAUUCUCAUCCACAAGAUACAGACGACAAGGUCGUGCAGAGGCAUAUCCUUCCAGACUCAAGCCCUGUAUGUUACAGUAUUCGUCGCGCGUUAUAUCGACCUGUUCUUCCGAUGGAUAUCCCUGUACAAUUUUUUCAUGAAGAUCUUCUUCAUCGCUAGUAGCGUGUACAUCCUCUACCUCAUGAAGUACCGUUACCGACCCACGCACGACCCCUCUAUUGACACCUUCAAAGUCGAAUACCUGGUCGGCCCGGCCGUUGUUCUCUCGCUCAUCUUCAACUACAAGUUCGAGUUCACCGAGAUUCUGUGGACGUUCUCGAUAUAUCUCGAGGCCGUCGCGAUCCUGCCCCAGCUCUUCAUGUUGCAGCGCACUGGAGAGGCUGAGACCAUUACGACACAUUACCUCGCUGCGUUGGGCGCGUACAGAGCUUUAUACAUCCCCAACUGGAUUUAUAGAUAUUUCACGGAAGACGUCGUCGACCCCAUCGCUAUCGUUGCUGGUCUCGUGCAGACGGGUCUUUACCUCGAUUUCUUCUACGUUUACUUUACAAAAGUGUUGCAGGGACAGAAGUUCGAGCUCCCUGCAUAAUGUCUGGCGUAAUUACGUAUACUUGCCUCAGAGAAGAGUAUUACCGCGUUUUGAACGCGCGCAUGUCUGCAAAUGCACUAAUAAACACUUUGCG